CCUUCUCAUCUACAAACAAAUAACACAAAACAUGGCUCUCACAAAAAUCUCCUUAGUCCUUUUCCUUUGCCUCUUAGGUUUAUACUCUGAAACCGUCAAGUCUCAAAACUGCGGUUGCGCCCCAAACCUGUGUUGUAGUCAGUACGGUUACUGCGGUUCCACCGACCCUUAUUGCGGUACUGGGUGCCGAUCAGGCCCUUGCAAAAGCAGUGGUGGAAACCCUCCUGCCACUGGUGGUUCGGUCGGUACCAUUGUGACUCAAAGUUUCUUUAAUAGUAUUAUCAACCAAGCCGGUAGUGGCUGCGCCGGAAAAAGAUUCUACACCCGCGACUCUUUCAUCAGCGCCGCUAAUACUUUCCCCAGCUUUGCAAAUUCUGUUACCAAGCGUGAAAUUGCAACCAUGUUUGCUCAUUUCACUCACGAAACUGGACAUUUCUGCUACAUAGAAGAAAAAGGAGCGUCACAUGACUACUGCGAUGAAAACAACAGGCAAUACCCUUGUGCACCGGGCAAAGGCUACUUCGGCCGUGGUCCAAUCCAAUUAUCAUGGAACUACAACUACGGAGCUUGUGGCCAGAGUCUCAACCUUAACCUCCUAGGCCAGCCCGAGCUAGUGGGUAGCAACCCAACUGUGGCUUUCAGGACGGGUCUGUGGUUUUGGAUGAAUAGCGUAAGGCCGGUACUUAACCAAGGAUUCGGAGCCACCAUUAGAGCCAUCAAUGGUAUGGAGUGUAACGGUGGGAACUCAGGUGCAGUCAAUGCAAGGAUUAGGUACUAUAGAGACUAUUGUGGACAACUUGGUGUGGACCCUGGUCCUAACCUUAGCUGCUAGAAAGCUCUUCCAACACAAACACGCACACACGUUACCUGGCACGUGUUGUGGGAAGUUAGUAUUCAAGGUGAAAUAAUAAGUGAAGUAAUAAAGUUAAAUCUCACGUAUGUACUCUGUGUUGGGUCUCAGUGUUCCCUGCGUCACAAGUAAAAAGUUGUUUGUAAUAAUCUUGUGAAAGUGCUCUUCUUUUCUUUUAUCAUGUCUUGUGAAGUGAAUUCAACAUUAAUAAAUGUCUGAGUUUGACAUUUACGGUA